AUGACUAGUUAUCGAGUGCUUUACGACAAAGCGGCAAAAGGUCUCGACUUCGAAAAAUGCAUAGAACGUGCACCACCCAAUGUUCUAGAUCGAAUAAGUUUAGAAAAUCUCUAUCAAUCUAUAAAGAAAUUAGAAGAAACCAAAAAUACAUUGAAUGACGAAAUAAGCAAGUAUUUUACACAAGUAGAAAUUCAACUUGAAUGGAAUAAAACGAAGUCAAUAAGCUGCUUAACGCCUACUGAAAUUCAAAAUGCAAGUGACAUGAACUAA